AUGUGGACUGCAAAUGCUACACAUCAACUUUAUUUAUGGAUUACGACAAUACCGAAAGAGAAAACGCUCUUUUCAUCAUUCUACCCUAUUAUUAUGAAAAACUAUGUUGAUGUUAUUGGCCAUCCAAAUUCAUUACCACCUUUUGCUUCGGGUUUUUGGCAUUGUAAAAAUCGUUAUCGUACUCAAAAAGAAUUAUUAGACGUAGCAAAAGGUUAUUAUGAUCGUCAAAUACCAGUGAGCGUUAUUGUCAUCGAUUACUUUCAUUGGACAGCAUUUGGUGAUUGGAAAUUUAAUAGCACAUGUUGGCCAAAUGUACCACAAAUGAUGAAUGAAUUAAAAUCGUAUGGAAUGAAAUUAAUGGUAUCUAUUUGGCCUCAUGUAGAAGAAAAAUCUGAAAAUUUUAUAACUAUGAAUACAACAGGUUUAUUGACCCAUGAUGCUAAUGGAAGUGUUUUACCAACAACUGGUCUAAUUAAUAAUUUUUAUUAUUAUAUUCCCGAUCAAUUUAAUUCAACUACACAGCAAUACAUAUGGAAUAGAAUAAAAGAGAAUUAUUUUGCUUACGAUAUCAAAAUUUAUUGGUUAGAUGCUGACGAACCGCAAAAUACUCGACCUGGCUUACAAUGGUGGUAUGGUCGACAUGAUGAUGAAAUUGCAAUGGUAUUGGCAAGAGAACAUCAACGGAUGUUUUGGGAUGGACUAAGAGAAGAAAAGGAACAAGAAAUAAUUAUGGUAAGUAGACAAGCAUGGAUAGGCAGUCACUUGUUCAACGUAGUUGUAUGGAGCGGUGAUAUUGAUUCGUCAUGGGAAGAAUCAUUCAAACAGAUUAAAGUAGCACAAAAUGUUGCGUUAUCUGGAAUUUAUUGGUGGACAACAGAUAUUGGUGGUUAUAGACCUGUUGGUUUAGAUGAUAAUGAAUUUCAAGAAUUAAUAUUGAGAUGA